CUUUAUGGUACGCCUUCAGCUUACCUAUGCCUUGUUAAUAGUAAUAAAUUUAAUCAAAAGGUCACAAGUACAAAUUUAGUUGAAACGGACGAAUAAACAAAUAUAUUUUAAGGUCCUAGUCCGCUUCUUCAGGAUAUAAAAGAUACAAUUAACAUGUAAAGCUGGAAUAGCGUGGGGGUCAUGGAGCUGGGGUCUCUCUAGCAGUAGCAGUAUAACUGUUUAUAACAUCAGUGACGCCACUGAAAAAUGUUUUUUAUCUACGACUAGAAUUUCCAGUUACUUUUUCGCAUCGAUAACCCUCUGACCAGUUGUUUUAUAAAUUUUACACAUUGCCUGCUCGUCAUAUACUAUGUUUUAUAAACUAUAUAAGUGAUUUCGUUAUGCCGUGAUCGAUAGCAAUAAACAUGAAGAAAAAGUUGUUUUUGUUUUUACUUCUCUGUUAUUUAACCAAGGCUGAAUACAAUGCCAAGUGUAGCGAUAAUUUACAAAGCGGCUUAACUUUCGAAGCUAUGAACGACGAUGUCGAGGGACGAUACAGGGUCGAGUGGUGUACGGUGGCUGAUAAAAAUGUUACCACCUGGGAGCUAGUCAUGCGAUACGAUGAUACUCGGCCGCCCAGUCGUUGCGUGAAAUACAGUGUUGACAUCCCACCUGGAGCAGUACACUCUCGUUUUAGUGAGAGAGUUCAUCUUAAUUUAAAUUGUACUAAUAUAUGUUUCUCCACAUACUUGGAUUUAAUAUUCAAUGGCACAUGCUAUCACAUCAAGACGGUGCUCCACCGAGGGACCAAGAGCUCCAGCCCUCAUGAUUCCUUACACUAUGUUUUUAACCCAUAUCCGAAAGAACAUUUCACUGAGAGCAUAGCUCUGGUUAGGGCAUUGAGUAAAGACGAGGAGCUCAUUGUGCACUGGUAUCUGGGCUAUGUGCCGGCCGCUGAUUACACAAUGGAGCUUUGUACAGAAGACUUCCAGUGGUGCCGCGACAUCGGCGGCAACUGCAGCACGCGCGGCGCCGGCCGCACCGAGGUGCGCUGCGCGCUGCGGGCGCCGCCCGGCUGCUACAGCGUGCGCCUGCAGCAGCGGGCGCCCUGGACGGCGGCGCUGGCGCUGUUCCGCCCGCAGGCCAGCGCCGACUCGCGCGUGUGCCACCUGCGCCAGCCGCCGCUGCCGGCCGACGCGUCGCGCGCCACGCUGUGGGGGCUGUGCGCCGGGGCCGCGCUGGCGGCGCUCGCGCUGGCGCUGCUGCUGCGCGCGCACCGCGCCCGCCUGGCCGCCGCGCUCCGGCUGCGCGUGCUGCACCACUGGCUCGACAGGCCGGAGGCGGAGGCGACGAAGCCCAUCAACAACAACGAGGCGGACGAGCGCGCGCGCGUGCUGCUGCUGUACGCGCGCGACUGCGCGGCGCUGGCGCGCGUGGCGGGCGCGCUGCGGCGCCUGCUGCGCGAGGCGGGCUGCGCCGUGGUGGACCUGUACGAGCCCGACGCCGUGCGCGCCGCCGCCCGCGCGCCCGCCGACUGGCUGCAGCGCCAGCUGGCGGCCGACGGCGCGCGCGUCGUGCUGCUGCAGUCGCCGGCCGCCGCCGCCGCCGCCGCCGCGCCGGGCCGCGCCCGCCACGCCGCGCCGCACUCGGCCGACGGGCUGCUGGCGCUGGCGCUGCGCCGCCUGGCCGAGACGGGCCACGCGGGCCUGCCCUACCGGAAGUACUUCGUGGUCGAGGUGGCGGGGCUGGAGGCCGACGUGCUGCCGCACCUGACGCGGCUGCGGCGCUACGUGCUGCCGGCCGGCGCCGAGCUGCUGCUGCGCGACGUGAGCGGCGCGGGCGCGGCGGGCGCGGCGGGCGCGGGGGGCGCGGAGGCGCUGGCGGAGCUGGCGGCGGCGGCGGACGAGCUGCUGCGCUUCGUGCGCGAGCACCCGGACUACGUGUCGGAGCUGUUCCAAGUCUGCUGAGCGUCAACCUCCUCGCGACACUGUUGUUCCGUUCUGCCCUCGUCGAAAUUGUAUUUCGAUUUCCUUUAGCGACGUGACCUAUGACGGGACCGACGGUCUCGGUAAAAUCAACUCAUUUUAAAAUUUCAGUAACAGUAAUGUUAGUCAUUAAUUGACUGACUCCUCUCGGUUCUCAUAUGUUUUUCCUUGAAUUUGACGCAAAGGUGAAGUAGAAUAUGUAACUCAUAUCUAACUCAUGACACCAAAAUACCAAUAAAAUUAGUCGUCAAAGUUUUGAGAGGGCGCGGUGCUUAUAUGAAUCGUACUUAUAAAAUAAUAAUAAUGGCCUCCGCUCUCCGGCUGAUGAUAUAAUACGUAUCGACGCAAUAAACAUACAGAGUAGCAGCCCGUAAAUUGCUGUUUACAUACUUUGAUACAUUUGAUUUAGUUUGUCGCUUCGUUUUUGCUUCGUCUUAUUUUAUCUUUUGCGGUAUGUUUGUGCCGGACAAACAUUAUAGCCGCCGAAUCCAUUUUAGGAAUGCUUAUACGCGUGUAAUUCGGUAGUUACAUUACGAUCGUCGGUGAGUCGUUUGGACAUAAGUGCGCUGAACA